UAUAGUUACAAGUAGAUUUAUUGUGGACAAUUUAAUUAAGUAGUAAAUAAGCAGUUAUUCAUAUUUACAGUGCUCAUUCAAAAGUUAUUAUACUCAAAAAUGGAUUAUGAAACCAUUAGAGAGACUCCAUUAACAGCUAUUGGAGCAUAUACUGUGCAUCCUAAAAGGAAAAAUAUUGCUUUUGGACGAUGGGCCAUUCCUGUUAUGGCUCGGAUGAUGCAAAAUCCUGACGUACUACAAAAGAGGAAAGCUCUUCAAUCUAUGUGUGACUAUGUGUUCGACUCAAGACGUGUUGCUUCGAAAGAAUUUUUGCGUAUAGUACCCGUUUUGAAGAGCUUGGCAGACGAUACAGAUGCUAGUGUAAGAAACAAACUUGCGGAAUGUUUCGCAGCUAUUGCUGCUACAGCAGCUGGACGGCGACAGUUUGAGAAACAACACUUUUAUACUGAGGUAUUAAAGCUUCUAGAUGACGAAAAUGAAGAAGUCAGGAAGUCGACGAGCGAAGUUCUCGAACGAAUAGCUUUGUCUCCAUUCUGUGCUGAAUCUCUCGUGAAAGCUGGAGCAAUAGCAAAAUUAAUAAAUAGAAUACCGGAAGAAACCGAAGAUGUUUUGGUACCUCUGUUGCAGACAUUACAUAUAUGCUGCCUUUUGGACCCUGACAAAGGUUUACUAGCGAAUGGAUUAGAAAUAUUAAUGCCUCUGUUGAAAAGUUCACAUCCGAGAGUGAGAGAAAAAGCUGCAACCGUGUUCAAGGAUCUUACGGUAGAAGCGAAGGGAAGAAACCAGGCAUUAGAGUUAUCUGCCUUGAAUCUCUUGCUUGAACUUUGCAACGAUGAGGAUGAAUUAGUACAAAUGAAAGCACUUUCAGCUGUUAUGAUGAUAGCCAUUGCAACUCCUGCAAGGUUCAUAGCUAUCGAGAAAAAUGCUAUAAAUAAAAUUCUGCCUCUCUUAAACAGCAGCAGGACAGAAAUACGCCUGAACUCACUAAAGGUUAUGGAGAACCGUGAGGCUCAUGGUUUUAUACUCCCACAGUUGAGACUGCCUAAGUACAAAUCCUAG